AUGGGCAACGCGGCCACCGCCAAGAAGGGCAGCGAGCUGGAGAGCGUGAAAGAAUUCCUGGCCAAGGCCAAGGAAGAAUUUCUCAAGAAAUGGGAAGCCCCGGCGCAGAACACGGCCCAGCUCGAGCACUUUGACCGCAUCAAGACCCUGGGCACGGGCUCGUUCGGGCGCGUGAUGCUGGUGAAACACAAGGAGACGGGCAAUCACUUUGCCAUGAAAAUCCUGGAUAAACAGAAGGUGGUGAAGCUGAAGCAGAUCGAGCACACCCUGAACGAGAAGCGCAUCCUGCAGGCUGUCAACUUCCCCUUUCUCGUCCGGCUCGAAUAUUCCUUCAAGGACAACACCAACCUGUACAUGGUGAUGGAGUACGUGCUGGGCGGGGAGAUGUUCUCCCACCUGCGGCGCAUCGGCCGGUUCAGCGAGCCUCACGCACGCUUCUAUGCUGCCCAGAUCGUCCUGACCUUCGAGUACCUCCACUCCCUGGACCUGAUCUACCGGGACCUGAAGCCCGAGAACCUUCUCAUCGACCAGCAUGGCUACAUCCAGGUGACAGACUUUGGGUUUGCCAAGCGCGUCAAAGGCCGCACCUGGACCCUGUGCGGGACCCCCGAGUACCUGGCUCCCGAGAUCAUCCUUAGCAAGGGCUACAACAAGGCCGUGGACUGGUGGGCCCUGGGAGUCCUGAUCUACGAGAUGGCAGCGGGCUACCCCCCCUUCUUUGCUGACCAGCCCAUCCAGAUCUACGAAAAGAUCGUUUCCGGCAAGGUUCGGUUCCCCUCCCACUUCAGCUCCGACCUGAAGGACCUGCUUCGCAACCUGCUCCAGGUGGACCUCACCAAGCGCUACGGGAACCUCAAGAAUGGAGUCAACGACAUCAAAAACCACAAGUGGUUUUCCACCACCGACUGGAUCGCCAUCUACCAGAGGAAGGUGGAAGCUCCCUUCAUCCCGAAGUGCAAGGGCCCGGGUGACACGAGUAACUUCGAAGACUACGAGGAGGAAGAGAUCCGAGUCUCCAUCACCGAGAAGUGCGCCAAGGAGUUUGCUGAGUUCUAGGCGUGGCCCCCUAGUGGUUUCCUUUGGGGGGCGGGGGUGGGGGGUUGGUUUGAGCAGCCAGAAGGCCCCAGAUUUCCUGGCAUAUUCUUUUUUCCCUAGGGAGAUCAGAAAGCUGAGAUGUUUGCAGGGCAGGAGGGAGAUUCAAAUACCAGACGGCCCCCUUCCCUCUCCUUGCUUAUCCCCACUGCUUUCCCCUGCUGGCUUAUCCCAACAGGUAGACCCCCCCUUGGCUGGGCUCCCUCUGCUCUAUGCCCAACUCCAUGCAAGUUGUAAGUCAGUUUUCCAGCCCAAGCCUUAUCAUCGUCACCAAACCAAGAUGCAGCUUCUCUCUAUCUACCCCAGCUCCCCUCCCUGGGUGGUAUAUUUGUCCCACAGGUCAGGCCCCUGCUUUGGGAGCUCCUCAUGAUUCCAUUGGUGCUGGAGAGUUAGAGCAGGGGAGCCAGGGGGACCCCCAAGUUGGAAAACCUACAAUUCCUAAGACUGCUGCAGUUUCCCAUUUGUCGUCAUCCUCUCCCUAACCUCUCCCUAGAAUCUUAGAAGCUAAUCCAUGGGCAAAAAGACAGACAGACUAACCAGUUCCCCACAAAGAGAGCCUGCCUAGGAAGAUGUUGGAGGAAAUUGAUUGGGAUUCUUUUAUAUUCUUAAAAAAAUGAAAUAUUAUUUAGGUUGUACUUGUCCUUCCCUCCCUUAUUUCCUCCCACCAUCCCUUGCUAUUCCCCAACAGAUUUUUAAUGUGUCUGAAUUUGUCUAGGUCAAAGGCCACGGAGCUUUUAACCUCUGGGAUCUCAGCAGAUGGUGGUUGGAAGAGGGUCUGUGGCCUAAAGAAGGGGAUUUCUUGCUGCUGAUCUCAUCUAGGGGUUUGUGGAAACAACUGCUAGAGCCCCAUUGGGGGGUGGCCUGCCAAAAUGGGAAGAGCCCUGCCUACCCUUCACCCCCCAAUGGUCCCCCCCUCCCUCUCAGGACCUCCUAACCUAUCUUCCCCACUCCCCAGUCUUGGCUCCCUGAAGCUAGGGCGCCAGAAAGAACAUUACCCACCCCUACCCCACCCCACCCAGGCUAACUGGUUUUUGGUCCCUGCCAAAGAGGUCUCCCAGAAAUUCCUGGGCCACACCUCCUACGAUUUAGCCAUUCUUAUCUAUAGAUUUUUUUAAUCCCCAGACGUGGACUUCCCACUGUCUGGAAGGCUACUUGAAAGAUAUAGGCCCCCCUGGGUGGGGAGAGGAGGAGGGGGGGGGCAGGUGAAGGAGGGGGGGCUG